AUGGUUCUGUCGUUGACCUACCGCCGCCCGGCGUAUGUCUCUUCUCGCAGCUCGCUUGAUUCUGAGCAAAGUGGCGGAGUCGAGUCCAUCAACUCCAAUUCAAGCUGCCCCUACGGGAUUCCUGAUGCCUUGUCAUUUGACAAGAUCAUCAUUGGUGCUACUUGCCCCCCUGUGACGACCCGCGAAUUCAUGGACUUCCUCCGCUACAUCGAGCACGAUGCCGAGAACCUACAAUUCUACUUGUGGUACCGUGAUUACAGCAAGCGUUUUGCUGAGCUUCCCUUGAGCGAGCAGAAGCUGGCUCCCGAAUGGACUGCAGAACAUGCUCUGGCGGAGAAAACCAACGCCGAGAAGGAGAAGUUGCCCAAGAAAAUCGCCGGUAAUGCGGCCGCCAUGUUCAAGGGCACCGACUUUGAUCGGAAUGGCAAAAUCGGCAUGUCGGACGCUGCGCCAAACCCGUUCAACACGCCUCCGAGGACGCCUUCUGCCCAUGACGGGUACAGCGGCGCCCCAUCAAUCGUCGGCUACAGUGAGGAUGGCACAACUCUGCGGAGUGGAACCAUUGACCACGGCAAGAGAGCAGAGGCGGCUUUUGAUGAAGCAGGCGCCCUUCAGCCUUUCACCAUUCAGCCUUAUAGGGAGGAAAUCUCUCGUAUCAUUGCCACCUAUCUUGCCGACGGCGGCUCCAGACUCCUCAAUCUCUCCUCGAAGGAAAAGGCGGUCCUCUUGAAGGCUCUCUCAGUCACCACCCACCCUUCGGCUUUCCGCGAUGUCAUUGCCACGGUAGAAUGGUCCCUUCGUCACCAGGCCCAUCCCAACUUCAUUCGAUGGACGAUUUGCAACGGCAACAAGCCAAGACAGACCUUCGCGCGCGGUCUGGGUGUGGCCGGCAUUAUUGCGGGUAUUGUCUACGGCAUUGUCGUCACUUUGAGCGCGGUCAAUCGUGGCUGGAGAACCCUCGCCUUCCUUGGUCUCUUCAUCGGCAUUGCGACGUUGUUUGCCGCCUGGAAGGGCAUGUGUGUUGUGCUUCACGGUAUGCAUCAUCGACAUCUUCGUCCCUGGGAGCUGUUUGGGGACGAAGACGAAGCAUCAUCAGAUUACGCCUUGAAAAAAGAAUCGUUCGACAGUUUCGGCUCGGCCAACAGCUAUGAAGAUGAGCCAUGGGUGGCCAAGUACGAGAAGCGCAAUGUCAUCCGCAAGAUUUUCGACCGCGAAGUCUGGAUCCAAGAGCCUGCCCUCCGUCAAAUCCAGGACACCAUCUUUGUGCAAGCUCUGAUCACUGCAUUCGCCAUUUCUGCAAUCAUAACUGCCAUCUUCCUGGCCGUCCCCGCCGGCAAUUUCUUCUGA